AUGGUCGAUGCAAAACUACAUAUCAAGUUGGCCAUUCUUGACUACUCAAUAAUAUGUCUUUUUUUCUCUUUCAAUGUUUUUACAGACAUUUUCAGUGGUUCUGUUGACACAAUUAGAGCUGUCGUGUUGAUUAAAAACUUCGAGAAUUCAUUUGAUAACAAUCACCAAAAGUUGGGUCCAGCACUUUGUGGAGCCAUGUGGGUUCAAGCCUUGAUUGGAUUCUUCAGGCCUUCUAAAGGAAAUAUAAGAAGUACAUGGUACUUCCUGCAUUGGUUUUUUGGAACGUCACCCUCUCUCGUGGGGAUCAUCAACAUCUACACAGGCUUAAAAGCUUACCAUGAUAAAACAUCAAGCACUGCAAUUUGGGCUAUAGGAAGAUGUUCACAACUCUGGGAUAACAAUAUUGAUUAG